AUGCCCUCUUCCACGACAGAGAACCAGGGGCCUCUCGAUCGCUUGCAGAACCAUCCCGUCUACGGAACAUCUCGGGCUGACGUCAGCCUGGCGGCCUGGAUCUCGCAGCCCGGCGUCCUCGUCUCUGUUCUUGCGAUCAGCAGGGCCGCCUCGCGCGGUCAACAGCUGCCCAACCCCGCCGAGCUGCUCUGGAAAGCCCUCGUCUUCCUCACUCCUGCCUUCCUGCUCUACGCCGUCGAUCGAUGGGUGAACCCUCCCGCCUUCCCGAUCCCGAUGCUUCAACCACAGCCUACCACACACGCUGCCAAGAGCGACGUCCUGCGCCGGAUACUACGCGUCGACCAGCCCGGAGGCAUUGUGGCGUCGGUGUCUGAGGCCGGUAGGCGGGCUUACACAAAUACCUUCUCUGGCCCCAAGGGCGGUUCAUGCCAGCCCGCUGGCCUCAGCAACUGGGACAACUCUUGCUUUCAGAACAGUGUGCUGCAGGGACUGGCAUCGCUGAAGCAUCUGCCCCGGUAUCUGACCGGUUUGGCCCCGGGGCAUGCUGUACCAAGCAGUGACACUCUGACCACGGCUGGAGCCUUGCGUGCCUUUGCCGCUGACCUCAACGAUGUCUCCAACAAUGGCAAGACCCUGUCCACACCAGGGGUGCUAAAGAAUAUGAGCACGAUACAACAACAAGAUGCCCAAGAAUACUUCUCGCGGCUCAUGGAUCAGGUGGAUAAGGAUAUAGAAAAGGGAGCGAAAGCCGCCUACAGACCACCCGGCUUCGAGCCGGAGCCGAGCAGGGACGACACGACGACCAGCCAGCACAGUGAUGACAGUGGAUAUCAGAGCCUGCCGGUGCUCUCCAAGGCCGGCUCGGAACUCAUGACUAUUCGCAACCCCCUUGAGGGCCUCUCUGCACAGCGUGUUGCAUGCACGGUGUGCGGGUACUCGGAGGGGCUCUCCAUGAUUCCCUUCAACUGUCUGACCCUGAAUUUCGAGGUUGGCGUCGAACAGUACGACCUCUUCGAGCUCCUCGACAACUACGUGCAGCUGGAAUCCAUAUUCAGUGUCGACUGCGUGAAAUGCACCCUUCUGGAAUACCGCAGAAGCCUGCAGCAUCUGGCGAAGGCCAUCCCCGCAGCAGCAGACAGGCUGAGUGCUGUUGAGGCAAUGCUGGAGGACGACGAGUUUGACGAUGAGAGCUUCAAGAAGCUGAGAAUACCUGAUGCGAAGAAGGUCAGCUCCACCAAGACCAAACAGGUAGCAAUCGGGCGACCCCCACGGAGCCUGGUGCUGCACAUGAACCGUUCCGUCUUCGACCCGAUGACGUUCCGGUCCUACAAGAACACGGCUGCUGUUCAGUUCCCUAAGACACUCGACUUGGGUCCCUGGUGCGUCGGAAGUGCGGGGGGUGUCAAUGCUCCCACAGAGGCCAAGGGUGGGGGCGACCAUGAGCAGUGGGUGAUUGAUGCUACCGCUUCGAUGGUGGCAGGCGACGCACAUCCAUCCAGGAUCUCCGGGCCCAUCUACGAGCUACGCGCCGUGGUGACACAUUACGGUCGACACGAGAAUGGCCACUACGUGUGUUACAGAAGGCACCCUGUCAACACCUCAAAAUCUACGAAGAGAUCCAAACCACAGGACGAUGCUGCUCGCCCUCCCAACCUGGUGGGUGACGGACAAGCAGAUGAUGUUGACAGCUUUCACGAGGACGAACAGGAUGAGGCUGUCGCUGCGGCAGCAGAGGUCGAAGACCCAUACAGCGAGGACACAGACUCGCAAUGGUGGCGCCUCAGCGACGAGACCGUCACUCAGGUCAGUGAGCAAGACGUCCUCCUGCAGGGAGGUGUGUUUAUGCUGUUUUACGACUGUACCGAUCCCAACUCGAUUCUGGUGACGCCUGGGGAAACUCUGGAGACCGACGACGCCGAGGACGGCGUAUCAGCAAUCAGCUCGGUGGCCUUGGCCGCAGAAGGGGCGCAGAGAAGAGCGCAGGACGGUCGAUCAUGUUAUUAA